AAAAUCAGGAAACAACAUCAUCAGCGUUACUCAGCGGGGGCCAAUCGUCUGUGACAGUGACGCGUGGGUUGAGCUGGAAUGGCUGUGUGCCUGUGUCCCGGCCGCUGGGCAUGGUUUUGGAGGGAAGCACGGAGGCCCUGUGUCCCCCCUCGUCUCUGGAGCUGCGCCCCUCUUGCAACAAGAGCCAGCACUCCUCCCCCGUGUGCCCGAGCCCGCAGUCCCAGGACGGCCUCUGCCCCGGGGAGAAGGAGCCCGUGGUGUACGGGGAGCUCAUCGUUUUGGGGUACAACGGCUCGUUGGCCAAUGGGGACAAAGGGCGGCGGAGGAGCCGCCUGGCGUUGCACAGGAGGCCCAAAGCCAACGGAGUCAAGCCCGACGUCAUCCACAACAUCUCGACCCCCCUGGUGUCCAAGGCCCUAAGCAACAAAAGCCAGCACAGCAUCUCCUACACCCUCUCCAGGAGUCACUCAGUUAUUGUGGAGUAUACACAUGAUACCAACACAGAUAUGUUCCAGAUCGGCCGCUCCACGGAGAGCAUGAUCGACUUCGUGGUGACGGACACGUCCCCCAGCGGGGGGGGCCACGGGGGCGGGGGCGGGGGCGGGGGCGGCGAGGGGGGCCAGUCGGCGCAGAGCACCAUCUCCCGCUACGCCUGUCGCAUCCUGUGCGAGCGCGCCCCCCCCUACACCGCGCGCAUCUACGCCGCCGGCUUCGACUCCUCCAAGAACAUCUUCCUGGGGGAGCGGGCGGCCAAAUGGCGGACGUCCGACGGCUUGAUGGACGGGCUGACCACCAAUGGGGUGCUGGUGAUGCACCCGGCGGGGGAGUUCGUGUCGGAGCCGGCGCCAGGUCUGUGGCGGGAGAUUUCGGUGUGCGGGAACGUCUACGCCCUGCGCGAGACGCGGUCCGCCCAGCAGCGAGGGAAGCUGGUGGAGAACGAGUCCAACGCGCUGCAGGACGGCUCGCUGAUCGACCUGUGCGGGGCGACGCUGCUGUGGCGGACGCCGGCGGGCCUGCGGCGCACGCCCACGCUGAAGCAGCUGGAGUCGCUGCGGCAGGAGCUGAACGCGGCGCGGCCGCAGUGCCCCGUGGGCCUGAACACGCUGGCCUUCCCCAGCCUGGCGCAGCGCCCCACCGGCGUGGACAAGAAGCAGCCCUGGGUCUACGUCAACUGCGGCCACGUGCACGGCUACCACAACUGGGGCUUCCGCCGGGACAGGGCGCCGGGGACGUCCCCGGCCGCCACGGGCGACAGGGAGUGCCCCAUGUGCCGGCGGGUGGGGCCCUACGUCCCGCUCUGGCUGGGCUGCGAGGGGGGGCUCUACCUGGACGCGGGGGCCCCCACGCACGCCUUCUGCCCCUGCGGCCACGUGUGCUCGGAAAAGACAGUGCGGGGGUGGAGCCAGAUCCCGCUGCCGCACGGCACGCACGCCUUCCACGCCGCCUGCCCCUUCUGCGGCACCUGGCUGACCGGGGAGAUGGGCUACAUCAAACUCAUCUUCCAGGGGCCGCUGGACUGAGGGGGUGGGGGGGGGUGUGUCUG